AUGAAACGCCACAUAUCUGCAUAUUUUCUAUUAUUUUUAAUAUUUUGCUCUUUAAUACCGCCAAUUGAUACAAGGCGAGGUGGCGGAGGAGGAUUUGGAAGGUCUGGAGGUGGUAGAUCAGGUGGAGGAUUCAGUCGAGGACAAUCUGGAGCUAGAGGUAACAGUGGUGGCGGUGGAUUGUUUGGUGGAUCAAAAACUAGAAAUGACUACGCCAGAGGAAGCAAUAUUGGAAACAGGGGAAGUUAUCCGAAACAGCCGACUAGUAAUAAUUAUGGAGGUGGAUAUAAUCCUGGAAUGUCGUCUGGUGGGGGAUAUCGAGGAAAUUCCAAUUCUGGAAGCAAAGGCGGUUUUCUCGGAGGAAUUUUUGGUAGAAAAACCCAUUCAAAUUCCGGUUUUGGCUCAAGAAGCAGCAUUCCAAGAUACACUUCAUCAGGAAUUGGCUCUCGAUCACGAUCUAGUCAAUUCAAAAACAUGAUUGUUGGUGCCGCUGCCGGAUAUUUGACCUAUCAGGCUGGAAAGGCGAUCAUACGAGCUGCCACAACUCCGAUGAUGUGGAAUAAUCGCCCCUACUAUUGGGGAUCGAAUUAUUAUCGUUCGAGUCCUGGACACCAGAAGAUGUGCAGCAUGCCAUUGGAACCAAAUGAUCCUCAAUUCGGAAAUAUCUAUUUCCAAGAUCAAACUCGACCACGCGAGAUAACGUGGGGAUGCGGUUACUACGAAUACUGUUGCGGUUAUGAAUGCUGCCGAGGAGGUGAUGCCGGCCAUAUUGGAGGACGAGGCUCAUCAAUCGGGUAUGCGCUUGUCGCCCUGUUCCUAGCAAGAAGACUAUUCGUCUAA